AUGGAUACUAGUUCACCACCGCCAUCGUACGCUGAAACUAUGCAACAGAAAGGCAUUGAACCAAACCCUAAUCCAGCACCAUACCCGCCGAAUCCAACAUUUACUUAUCCUGCAAAUCCAGUUGGUGCAGAAGUUCCAUCAUCAUCUGUUCCUCAACCGACACCUCCGGUUAACGUUACUUUGGUGCAGGCAACAACGCCAUUAUUUGGUCCUCAUCCUGUCGCGACGGACUGUUUCUAUUGUCAUGAACACGUUGUGACAUCUACAGAAUUCACUCCUGGCUUACUGCCCUGGAUAAUAGCUCUAAUACUUUUCUUUCUUGGAUGGCAUAAUCAUAAUCUUAAGCGUUUGUACGUUAAAUAA